AUGGCUACACCAGACGUUUUCGGCCCUGCGACACCAGAGAGAUUUUACUCCAAAACCAUCAACUCUCCUAGGCUCAAUCCCUCCUCAAAACAGACGCAAGAAAGUCUCAAGCGCUCCUUCGCAAGAUACCUGGCUUCUGAUCAUGGCUCCUCAGCUGUUGGCAAGCUUUUCAACCCACACAAACAUCUCGACUUCGAGCCACCAAAGUUCGUCCACACCAUGGAAGACAUUGGGUAUCCUUCGAACAAUGGUGUCUCGCCGAACGCAGUCUCCGAACCAUUCCGUCUUUUCAGCGAGGAGGCUGUAGACAUUAUGAGAAGCGAAGUUCUUAACAAAGAAGUCCAAGAAAAUUACAGUUAUACAUCAGACAUUGCUCCAAAACAAUUGCGGGGAUAUGCUCCAAAGCAUGGAAAGUUCAUAUUUGAGGCUUGGAAGCACCCCGAGACACUCUCAAUCAUAUCCAAGAUUGCUGGAGUCGAUCUCGUUCCGGUCAUGGAUUACGAGAUUGGUCACAUUAAUCUGUCGAUCCCUGGGGAGAAGAAAAAGUAUGACAGCAAAACGAUGAUCUCUGAAGAGGAUGACGAACCAAUUGUUGGCUGGCACAGAGACAGCUAUCCUUUCGUCUGUGUCUUGAUGAUGAGCGACACUACAGGAAUGGUUGGAGGAGAGACUGCCCUGCGAACUGGCACUGGUGAGAUCAAGAAAGUCCGGGGCCCUCAAAAGGGCUGUGCUGUCGUUCUCCAAGGAAGAUAUAUCGAUCACCAAGCACUUCGUGCAUAUGGUGGCCAGGAACGAAUCACUAUGGUCACCUCGUUCCGUCCUCGUUCCCCCAGAGUUCGCGAUGACACCGUUCUGACAACAGUUCGACCCAUCUCGAAUCUCUCCGACCUCUACGGGCAGACUGUUGAAUACCAGCUCGAGAACGCUGAGGCUCGCAUUCGUCAAAUGUUGAGGGACAUCCGAGACUCCAUGAAAGCUGGUGCUACGGAUGUCGGCGCCAUCAAAGAAUUUCUUGACUUUGAGGUCAAGACAUUGAGUCAUCUUAACAACGAAAUUGUUGAAGAAUCCGCAGUUCAGAAGGGACAUUUAGCAGAAGUGUGUGCCGAUGCCGCCAAACGCAAGAGGCUUCAAUAA